AUGCCUCGCAACUUCAGCAGCAAGCAGAAACGCGGCGAAUACGAUGACGAAAAAGCGCAAAGUACCGGACGAGUCAAUACCUUCGGCCAGGUCGCUAUCAAAUUCCACAAGAAUACGACUUACUUGAAAUACUGGUUCGACAAGGUUCAAGAUGAUGCUGCAGCAUGCCGACCUGCGCGGUGUGUGAAACCGCGAAAAGGCAGCACGACCCUGGUAGAUGAGUUCGUCAAAGAGAAGACAUCCAACAUCAGCGCCCCGCGGUUGAACAUCGCGAUACAUAUUUGUGGCUCUCGGGGCGAUGUGCAGCCUUUCAUACCGAUCGCGAAGCUGCUCCAGGCCGCUCCACAUUACCAUCGAGUGCGUAUCUGCACGCAUCCAGCCUUCAAAGAUUUCGUAGAAAGCAAUGGUGUGGAGUUCUUUUCGAUUGGCGGCGACCCGGAAGCACUAAUGGCGUAUAUGGUGAAGAACCCUGGUCUACUCCCCAACAUGCAAUCGAUCAAAGCUGGCGACAUUGGCAAGCGACGAAAAGAGAUGGCCGAGAUGAUGGAAGGAACAUGGAGAAGCUGUAUUGAGGCCGGUAAUGGUAUGGGUGAAAAGAUAUCUGCGUUAAACGUAGACGCGCCCGAGGAUCUCUUCAUUGCAGACGCUAUCAUCGCGAACCCCCCUUCAAUGGGACACAUUCACUGCGCGGAGAAGCUCGGCAUACCGCUGCACAUGGUCUUCACGAUGCCAUGGUCGCCCACAAAAGCCUUCCACCACCCUCUCGCGGCUAUGGAGUACGGAGAAGUCGAGAAGUCCGUCGCCAACUACUUUAGCUUCGGCAUUAUGGAGCUGCUGACCUGGCAAGGCCUUGGAGAUGUCAUUAAUAAAUUCAGAACACAGACAUUAGGCUUGGACGCGAUGAGUCCGCUGUGGGGACAUCGAUUGCUCCCGAGGCUUCGCAUUCCUUAUAGUUACCUGUGGUCUCAAGCUUUGAUACCACGGCCGCCUGACUGGGGCGACCAUAUCAACAUCACCGGAUUUUCAUUUUUGGACGCUGGUUCUAAUUACACACCACCCGAUGACCUGGCCAAAUUUCUCGCCAAAGGGCCGCCUCCGGUGUACAUUGGCUUUGGUAGUAUAGUGGUCGAUGAUCCGGUGGGCCUCACCAAGCUUCUCUUCGACGCUGUGAAGCUAGCAAAGGUACGAGCGAUAGUAUCCAAAGGCUGGGGAGGCGUGGGCACAGGUGACGUGCCUGACGACGUCUACCUCAUCGGCAACUGUCCGCACGACUGGCUCUUUAAAAGAGUGUCGUGUGUUGUUCAUCACGGAGGCGCUGGUACAACGGCUGCCGGAAUUGCCUUGGGAAAGCCGACGGUUGUAGUGCCAUUCUUUGGCGACCAGCCCUUCUGGGGACAGAUGAUUGCCAAAGCCGGUGCUGGCCCGGUGCCUGUUCCUUUCAAGCAGAUGACAGCAGAGAGCCUCGCUAAUAGUAUCACUUUUUCGCUUCAAGAUUCUGUUCAAGUCGCUGUUCAAAAGAUGGCUGAGAGCAUUGCGGAAGAAGAUGGUGCCGGGGGCACGACGCGAGAUUUUGAGCAGAGACUGGACAUUGACGGAAUGCGAUGUCAAAUUUGUCCGGAGCGACUGGCUACAUGGCGUGACAAACAGACUGGAGUACAUCUGAGUGGCUUUGCCGCAUGCACGCUUGUUGAGCAAAAGAUGUUAGACGUGAAACAUCUGCGUUUACUGCGACACCGGCACUACUAUACCCAUGAGGGAGCCGAAGGUCCAUUUGUAGGUACCGUAGCUGCUUUCGGUGGACUCAUGGCUUCUCUUGGGACAGAUACAGCGGAAUUUUCGCAACGAUUAAAGAAGAGACCACUCAAUUCUGACGUAGAAGCCUUGGGAAGAACGCGAUCUGAGGAUGAUUCGGAGCUCAGCCUGGAGAAGGGCAUCACUUCGAAACAGUUCCACCACCUGGCUUACAGAAUGGCAGCAAAGUCAUACGAAGACGACAUCACUCUAAACUUCGAAAAACCGCAAAGCCGGCCGGGGCUAACCGCCCUUCGUGAGAGAGUCGCAGCGAGGAGAGCGAAGGGCGGUCGUGGAUACCAGAUCACAAGCGCCACCGCUCACUACAUUGGUGACCUUGCGGCUACGGGUGCCAAAGCUCCUGUCGCUUUGUUUUACAAUGUUGCGAACGGCUUUCGAAACUUUCCCUCGUACGCUAUUCAUAAUGACCCGGUCAGGCGAAGAGAUGAGAUUACCGGUUUCGGCAGUGGAUGCAAACUCGCAGGGAAGGAGUUCGUACUUGGUUUCGGCGAUGCACUGCUGGGUAUCGUAAGGCAUCCAUAUCUUGGUGCGAAGCAAGAAGGCGCACUCGGCUUUGGUAAAGGGCUUGGGAGAGGUCUUGGUGGCCUCUACUUCCAUUCGAUGGCUGCAAUCUUUGGUCUGCCGGGAUAUUUUCUGAAAGGCAUUGAGAGAGGGCUCUUGGCUCGUCAUCUCACUGCUCUCCAAGCUGAGAUCUUCUUCAUACAGUUGCGUCGAUCGGCUGUCGGAUAUCGAAGUGCAAGUGAUGCUGAGAAAGCUGACGUGGUGGCGAAGUGGAAGGAGCUGAAGUCUAGCAUAUCAGAGCAUUAG